CAGGCGUAUGUACUAAUACUAAUACGUAUGUAUGCACAUAUUUAUGUACAAUCUGCACACAUUUUCACCACUGGAGUUAACAAAGAAUUUAACCCUUUCCCAUCUUGUAUAUGGAUGGCAUACAAUAAAUCGAUCCAACCAACUAAAUGCAGACGAGGGAACCCGAGAUAUAAUAAAUAAAUCCUCUCUGCUUGCAAAAUACAUAUGUUCGACUAAACUUCAUGAAAAGUAAAGUAAAAUCAGUGGGUAUAUAGUUAAAAUAUAAAAUACAUGGUCAGAUCAUCGCCCCCCUCAUAAAAAUGGAUUCCACCUCGAUCCUCCUCGGCUGUAAAAGCGUCGGUAAUACCGCCUUCGCCCAAAGAAAUUAUGGCAAAGCGAUCCGCACCUACACCCAAGGACUGACCCUCCUCCCCUCCAACAUCGACCUGCUCUCCAACCGCGCCGCCGCUUAUCUCAACUACGGCCUGUACUCGUUAGCCUUGCACGACGCCGAGACCGUCCUCUCGACCGACCCAACCCACGAAAAAUGUUUGUACCGCAAAGUUAAAGCACUCUGGGGCUUAUCACGAUACCACAAAGCGCACCAAUUUACCGAAAAAUUCAAAAUUCCUUCCCUCGCGGACAAAGCAGCCAUAACGCUAUCCCAAAGUCUCGGUCAUAUCAAGGCCUCCACCCUAAUGUCCCUCCCACACCAGGCCCGCCAUGAGAUUGCCGAUUACCGCGGUCCCAUCGAGAUUGUUCCAAUACCGGGAAAAGGACGCGGAAUCGUGGCGACGGAAAAUAUCCCGGUCGGAUCACUCAUAAUUUGCAGUAAAGCAUUUUGCAUCGUGUUCGACCAAGACGUCCAAGAUUUCAAGAACUUUCACCUUAGAGAUAAAAGUGUCGAGCUCGAGCACACCGACGCGUUGGGCGGGCUUAUCUAUGAUAAGCUACAACUUGAUCCAUCCCUAAAAUCUGAGCUACUAAAGCUAUACACAGGUCAGCAAGAAUCUCAAUCAAGUGACGAUAUCACUCUAACAAUUCGAAAUAUUAUUGACUAUAAUGGCUUCACUUCUAAGCGAGAUGAUUCCUUGAUUAGCAUGGGAAAUCCAAAUUUUGCCGGGUUAUGGAUCCUCCCAUCCUACUUAAACCAUUCCUGUCUAGAUAAUAAUGCAAAUUACGCCGUGUACGGGGACAUUUUGGUUGUUCGCGCGGUUAAAAAUAUUCCCAAAGGGGACGAGAUAUUAAUUAGUUAUUGGCAAGCGACCGUCCCGGGAAGAAGGGAGGUCAUGAAGGCGCGUAAUUUUGAAUGUGGUUGUCGCGCUUGUAAAAUGGAGGAUGAAGAAGAUCCUUUAAUCAAGGCGGAAAUUGCUCAAUUACUGCAGCAAAUUAGGGAAAGUUUGGUAUCUCCAAGCUCAGAUUUACCUGCCACAACGAACCGAAAUUUUGACCGUGUUCAAAGGAUAGUGAAAUUAAGGAAGAAAAAAUACGGAGAUACGAAUAUGGCUCUACUUACGCCGGAAGUGGAAAUGGUGGGGGCCGCGCUAUCCGAGCGGCACGAUACAAAGGGGUGCAUCUUCAUUUUAGAAAAUAUGCACAAAGUGUGCAAAAAUAAUGGAUUCGUACUUUCGUCCGUGUACCAAGCUAUGAAUCUUUCUUCGCAUUGGCGGCAAAUGAACAAGGUUGAGGAGUGGAUUGAGUGGGCGGAACAAUUUAGAAAAAAUGUCAUCGCAGCGUGUGGGGAUUUUGAUGAUGGUUUGAUUGCAUUGAAAAUUGAUCCUGAAUGUUCAGCCAUACAGGCUCAAACGGAUAGAUAAAUAUAUAAAUACAUAAUUAGCUACGAAUGAGAAUUAUGAAAUUUGAGAUGGUUUGUGUAUAUUUUGUCAAAGUACCACAUUAUUUACUUCUAAAAGUUUUUUGCUGUGUAAAAAAUACUUUCCACAAAUGUUGUGAUUACAAUGUUAUAAAAAGUUCAGAAAUUUAUGACGUAUUAUGUAAAUAAAAAAGCGGAUUUUUAAGUAUGA